GAAUGGUCGCCAUUGACCACAAUCCGAGUCUCCGGAGACACACAGACGAACCCGCCGUUUUCACUGUCACUGGCAACCCAGGAGCAGAAAGACCGGCAACUACUAGGCCCCUGACAGACACAUCUCAAGUGCAGAAAAGUUUACGAGAGACCCAGAGAGAGCAGUGCCCAUUCUUGCACAGCUCUUGCUUCGAAUUAUUUCAGGCGAGGGAGAGGGGCAGAAAUAAUGAACGAAGACGACGGCCUGGUGCUCGCUGCCGCGUUGACAGGCGGGAUCUUCGUCGUGUUACUCGUCCUGCUCGUCGUCGUCCUUGUCCGGAGGCGGUGGCUCGACCGCGAGGGCGCGGCGUCCGGCCGCGGCUUCGUCCUGUUCGGCGUCUGUUGCCAGGACGGCAACCAGGGCCGGUUCGUCCGGACGUCGUCCCUGGCCAGGAGCCGGCAGCGGGCGGCCCGCGGCGGCGAGGAGGCGGAUGACGAGCCGGACGAGGGCGAACUCGAGAGGUGGAAGAAGAUGUUCGGUGGGCCCACUAGGUGCCUGUCCACGAUAGAGGAGGCCACGGAGAAGGGCACGUCGACGGUGGCAUCGCCGGCGUUCUGCUCGCCGGCAGCGUCGCCCGACCGAAGAGACGCCAGGGCUGCGCAGACGGCGUCCGCCGGCGUGCUGAAAAGUUGAGGCUUGCUUAGCUUGCUCUUGUAAUUCGUGAUGUGCAGUAGUGCCACACAAUUUCUUGGAAAUACUAGCGACACAUAUGCACAAUACUGGUAAUAAGUCGAGCGAUCAUGAUAGCUUGUUAUUUUGCCAUAUGCAGGGGGUAGUGGUUUUUUUCCCAAAGUAAUUGAACUUCUAAUUUUAUCGUACUCAUUUUAUCAAAGGAAAACAGUACGAAUUUCUUUCUA